UUUUACUACAAAGGAGGUUGCAGAGUAGAUGAUGUGGAGAAAUAUCUUAAGCCGAAGCCAAUAAUACUAAACCCAAAACCACAACCUGGUUAUUUCGUCCCGAGAAAACUUCCCGAAAGGCCACGCAAAAUGCUUCCGCUCGUAGUUGGUAUGGAUCCCAAUGAGGAAACUGAAGUCCGCCGAAUGGGGACCGGAAAUCUUCCCGAUUUAAUGCACAAGAAGUCGCGGGUCUUGGCAAAUCUCCAAAACAAUCCCAAUAUUGCGCCGCUAUUCAUGGAUGGAAAUCUCGAAGGAAUUUUAAGCGGAAGGGAGAUUCUUACUCCGGAACAAAAAGGAAAGCGACCAGUUAAGCAAAUUAAAGCCUAUCCUCGUUUGUUUGGAUCUAAAACAUAUAAGCCGAUUGAUGGCAAGGUGUCGCAAGUGAUAGAAGAAAGGCCCGUUCCUCCAUUGGUUUGGACACCGACAGGACGUCAUACUCGCUUAAGAUGGAUUGGAGCCACGGAAAAAGAGAUUCCAGGGCUUGGAGGGCGAUUCAUCCUUCCAUCACUUGAUCCAACUAUGCCAGCAGUGAAUACCGCAUAUUCCACACAAGGACGAGCAAGAGAUGAAUGGGACACAAUUUUCAAGAUUCCAAACGCGUGGCAAGCAGGAGACGAUGUGGGAUUCUCGGUGAAAUCAAAAAGUCAACGAUUUAUAGGAGGAAAUGGCGGAUUUGAAAUGCCAGCGGCUCAUUUAAGGAAGUAA